AUGUCGGAUUGGAACAGGAAAGUCAUACUGACAGUCAAAGAUCAAUCCGAUGGGACGACAGUGAAGAACCGCUUUCCGCCCGACGACAACGCAGCACAGUCCCUGGCUCAAAUACUUGGCCGCCUCCAAAGGGGUGACGUGAGCUACGAAUCCGUCACCAUCCUCGUUACAGGCGUCGAAAGGGACCAAGUGCCUGUGCUCAUUACGGGUGGGCAAGAUGUUGUGAGCGAACGCGAACCAGUUCCGUAA